AUGCAGUGUGACAUCUGCUUCCGUGGUGGUGGACAAGGCGAAAAGAAGUUGCAUUUCUUAUGCCCAACCGAUGCGCGAAAUCAACUUUACGGCUCGAGAAUUCGGAACGCUCAAGUCCUGCUCCAGAAUGACGAACUGAACUCGCAAAUUACCGGCCUUAUCUCGAGUAACAAAGCGGAACGUGAUAAACGACCGCCGAAGACUGCUAUCGAUGCUGUUUCCCUCUCAGCCGAGCGAGACCAGAUUGUAGACAGGACGCAGCAGAUUAUUACGAGGGCAGAUGAGCUACGGGCAAAGGUCGAGCUGGCCCGGGAGGAGAUGGCCAAAAGCAAGGCAGCUGUGAAUCGCAGAAAGUCGGAUUUGGCGUCAGCGUCAAAUGGGGCUGAUACUCGGAGAGCUCGACAGACCGAAGAUGUAGAGAAGGCAAUCCGAAUGAUCAAGUACAAGUGGAAUCAAGGGCAUGCUACUACUGCAUCAUCCAGAAUUUUCCUCUGUGGCGAGGCAGCCAAACUGUACGGGCUCAAGAGGGCGAGAAAGAACACUGGGGGCGAAGAAUACAGGAUCGGCGGGAUAGGUAUCGUGGACUUGAGAUCUUUGAAUACUGCGAGUCCGGCCCAAAUCUCAACAGCUUUGUCACAUAUCGUGCACCUGUUGAUGCUAUCUACACACUAUCUAGCCAUUCGACUGCCCGCCGAGAUAACACUCCCUCAUCGAGAUUACCCACUUCCCACCAUAUUCCCAGUUGCCUCAUCAUACAAACACACGGAUGUGCCAUUUCCUGGCACGACGCCGAAUCAUUCCUCGAACACAAGCCCAACCGCGUCACGGCAUUCGGAGCCACUAAACCAUCCUCAUCCACGGCCACUAUUCAUCAAGAAACCCCUCCCACUACUUGCAACAGAGGAUCCGUCUGGCUACGGACUCUUCCUUGAAGGGGUCACCCUCCUCGCAUACAAUAUAGCUUGGCUCUGCAAGAGUCAAGGCAUACCCGUGGGAGAGGACAGCACUUUUGAAGAUGUAUGCAACAUCGGCAGAAAUCUCUACAACCUGCUUAUCGGUCCUAAGGCUAGGCCUGCUCCGAGCAGCAGGGCAGCUUCUAACCAGAGCACACCUACAAAGGGAGGCCGAGAUACGGAUGGAGAGAGCGAUAGGGGCAGGAUACCUCUUGUAACGAUGGGAACAUAUUCUCACGGAACGGCACAUUCGUUCUUGGGCAGUGCAGAAGGCACCGACCUGAUCCGAAGCUGGAAACUUACCAGUCCCAUGAAGCUGGUCGAUAGACUGAAAGGGAAGCUCCUAAGCGAGGUUGCCAAUGCGGAGUGGGAGGUUCUGAAUGCCGACGCAUGGUCUGUAGAUGAUGCAAUGGGUGACGACGGUGUAGUUGUGGCGGCACGGCAGGAGGGGGGGAGAAACCUAGAUCCUGGGAUGCAGAGUUUCAUGAGUAUGAGGACGGUCGUAGAGGCCGUAGAAGUAGUGGGUGGCGAGAGGGCGAGAAAGCCUGGGACAAGUGGGUGGACGAGGUUGAAGGGCGAUGUGGUCAGAUAG